CCUUGGUUAGUAACUGAGCCAAAGGCCCUUCUGGAUCUAGAGAAGUCUGUGACCCCCAUGUGCUGACCUUUAGGGGGAGGGGGAGUCCAUCUCAGGAGCAUUUCAUUGAUUCAGAGCUGUGGGGGGUGUAUGGUACUGGGGCAAUAGGGGCACAAUGAAUUGGGUCACGAGUGCAAAUAGCCAGUUGGUAUCACUGCCCCCCUAUUCAAUCUGAUGGUUCUGCCCAAUAACAGCCUCUAUUGCUGCAGUGAAAUGACAAUAAUAUAUAUUUCUCUAGAUUGUGGGACAGGCCUGACUGUACAUCUGUACAUUCUGUCGGAAUUAACUGUUUAUCUCCCCUUUUCUGGUUCCUCAGGCCAAGCACAGAGACAUUUCAUCACAGCCUUCAUGGAAGGUGAAGGUAGACCAACCCUCCAGCUGUAUCUGGUCACUUAUGGAGAAGCCGCCACGGUCAAUGUCACUGUAUCAGCCCCAAGUUUCCACCAAUCCGUGUCAGUUGGGAGAGACAGCACCGCCCUAGUACAUGAUUACUGGCACUCAGAUCUCUUCCAAGGUUGUGUCGGUAACAUCUGAUGCCGAUAUAUCUCUAAUCGCUUUCCACACAGAAGUUCAAACUGCAGAUGCAAUGGCCGUUCUUCCAGUAGAAGACCUAGACACUGAGUAUUUUAUUUUUACCUCAGGUUCAGGGCAAGCAAAUCAUUUCACAGUGGCCAAUGGUAUAUACCCCACUGUUCUAGUGACUGUCACAGUCUCAGGAUCCAUCACAUACAAUGGGGUACAGUAUGGGCUCGGCUCGGCUUUCUCAUUCAGCCUUGGGUACCAGCAGGUCAUUCAGCUACAAAGUCCCACUGACAUAACAGGCACGAGAGUGGUGGCCACGUCCCCAGUGGCAGUGUUCAGUGGUAACAGGUGUUUUGCUGGUAUUAACGCUGGCUGUGAUGUCCUGCUUGAGCAGAUGCACCCUGUAAGGAAUUGGGGGACAUUCUUUCCUGUGUUCCCAUUGGCCACUCAUACCAAAGAUAUCAUUGAUGUGAUGGCAGCAAAUCCAGAUACAGUAGUCAGUGUUAUAACUUCCCAACAAAGCACCCAGUACCACCUACAGCCGGGAUCCCACAAGCGACUUACCUUAGACAGAGCAGCUCUGGUGCACUCCUCAGAACCUGUCAUGAUUUCAUACCUCUUCCAAGAAUGGAAAAAUGUCCAAUACCAUCCUUUUGUCACUUCGAUUCCACCAGUUCCAAAUACGAGGAAAUAUUACAAAUUUGUUACACAGUCUUUCUAUGAUAACGUCCUAUUGGUUGUAUCCCAGGCAGCUUCUCCCUCUGAGUUCUACUUGGACCAUCAGCCACUUAGUAGCUUUCCCUUAAACCAUAUGGAGAUAAAUGGAUUCAGAGCCUGGGAAGCCUCUCUGGGGAAAAUCGAUGGACAACAUGAAAUAUAUCAUAGCUCUUCUCCAUUCACUAUCUAUGUUUAUGGGCUAGAGACUGCUAUUUCAUAUGGAUAUUCAAUGGGCCAAGAAACAACAUAUCCAGGUCCAUCUAUAACAGGUCCUACAGAAGAGCCGAAGAGAUUAACAAGUCCUACAGAAGAGCCGAAGAGAUUAACAAGUCCUACAGAAGAGCCGGAGAGAUCAACAAGUCCUACAGAAGAGCCGGAGAGAUCAACAAGUCCUACAGAAGAGCCGGAGAGAUCAACAAGUCCUACAGAAGAGCCGGAGAGAUCAACAAGUCCUACAGAAGAGCCGGAGAGAUCAACAAGUCCUACAGAAGAGCCGGAGAGAUUAACAAGUCCUACAGAAGAGCCGGAGAGAUCAACAAGUCCUACAGAAGAGCCGGAGAGAUCAACAAGUCCUACAGAAGAGCCGGAGAGUCCCCAAGAGUUACACUGUUUCUCUAAUGGAGCCGAGUUCCACCUUCCUCUCAGAUUAGUGUCUGAAGCCAAAUUAAAUGUGUCGGAUGUCCAUCUCCAAGACCCCCAGUGCCGGGGGCUGCAAGAGGGGAACACAAUCUUCAUUAACAUCCCAUUCAACAGAUGUGGGUCCAACGUUCAUGUGAGUUUAUUGGGAGUAAUUGUACUUGUGUUGAUAUAUUUGUCUAUACCAGUUGGCAGUUGUGUCAGUAGCACUGAGAGUUGGUGGUUUUGCACUGAACACGGCCUGGGUGUUGGCUCCUUUGACUUAUUAGGGUAA